AUGUUGUUUGGCCAGACAGCUCUUUUCCUCUCCUCCCUCGUCCUCCUCGCCUCGGCGCAGGAGCCCGAAGAUGCGAUCAUCAAGGGCUUGACCCCUGGCCGAACGAGACUUCCCACAUCAACCAACAAGCUUAUGUCACGGUCUCUUGAUAAGCGUUGCACCGGAAGUUGUGAAGAGUGCUUCGGUGAUGGCUACACUCUUUGCCCAGAUAGCAGCAUCUACUGCUAUCUCCCGGGCGAUUCCUACUAUGGGCUCGACUCUUGCCCAGGAAGCAGCACCACCGAUUAUACCUCCAGUGCGGCCGCGUCGACACCGACAUCGACCUCGAGCAGCGGCGUAGACGACAUUUGCUACGAGACAGGGGCGACUUGCACCUCUUGCUUUGGACCAACCUAUCUUGAAUGCCCAGAUGGUUAUCACUGCUACGACCCCAACGAUCCGUUGUACGAUACCUGCCCGGAUGAUGAUGAUACCGACACCAGCUCCUCGGGGGACAGCAGUGACUCAUCUUCAACCACUUGCGCCGAUAUUUACGGUGCUGGAAGUGUGCCUUGCGGAGAUGAUUCGUGUUACAACCCUGAUGAAGGCGAUGUUUGCUGCGCUGAUGGAUAUCAUUGCGAAGGCGGAUAUACUUGCUCGACCAUAGUCGGUAAAUGCUGUGCUCCUGGCUCCACCUCUUCCUCAUGCUCUUCCUCCGACACCGACAGUGGCCUCAGCUCGUCAUACACUCUGACUUCUGACAUCUCGUCCGCGACAUCUUCAUCGGGAUUGGUCUACUCGACCGACGCACUGGUCACCACCUCUGCCACCGAGACAUCCUCCACCUCCUCGUCGACAUCGGUCAGUCAGUUCGAUUCAGGUGGUGCUGGAUCUGUCGCGGUCGGGAAAGGCCUAUUGCUGGCGGCUGGUCUUGGUGCCUUGGUUCUGUAG